AACAAUAGAACAACAUAACAAAAGACGUUCAAGUGGAGAUAUUGCAGCGCUUUUCCUACGUACACUACAUGCUGGUAUUGCGCAAUAGCUGGGGAAUCCCCGUAGACACUGUGCAGUGCAGUAUACGAAAUACCCGCUGUAUUAAGUGCUGUAUUAAAAUACUAUACUAAAUGCUGUAUCAAAUUUGCCUCUUGGGGUGUAUGUAAAGACGCCAUGACUGAUCUGAGUAUGAAUUCUUGGAAAGCAUUUGAGCAAGUUAGUGACGUACUUUAGAUUGACUUUGAAGAGUGCAGAAAGAAUAGCGGGUCAAUGGGUACUCCUCCACAACCAGGUUUCCGUGUCAUCCGGGGACCAGACUGGGUUUAUAAAAACCAAGAUGGCGGAAAGGGACAUGCAGGAACUAUUCUUUCACUCCAGGCUCAAUGUCAACCAAACUUUCCGAAGUUAUCUGUGCUGGUCCAAUGGGACAGUGGUGAUAAGGGUCUUUACCGGGUAGGUUACGACCUCGCCUUCGAUCUCAGGAUCAUUGACACAGCUAAUAAAGUUUGCCAUCCUAAGAUCUGGUGUGAUGGAUGUAAUGUUGAUGAGAUCAGAGGGAUACGAUGGAGAUGCACUGAAUGCUAUGCCAUUGACCUGUGUACAACCUGCUACAUGAAUGAUGAACAUGAUCUUAGUCAUGUCUUCAUGAGAGUGCUUUCCUCAGACAAUACAUCAAUGGGUCCUAAGAUGCUACCGAGGUCAUCUUCUCCUCGAAUAGCUCUCAGAGGGAUAUUUCCAGGGGCAAAGGUUGUCAGACAUCCCCAGUGGCUCAAGAGACAAGGAUCAGGUAAGGUGCUCGGGACAGUGGUUAAACGUGAACAGACAUCCGAGGAAAGAGUCAAUGUCCAAAUAGCGGUUGCGUUUUCAUCUUCACCAGAUUGGAUAGACAUCACUAAGAUCUUCUGCACACUGCCAGGCUCUGGCGGCCAGGUUUAUGACGGGCAUCUACCGAAUCUUGGAGAUCUGGAGGCUGUGAAUGAAGGAGACAACGUUCUGGUAACCGCGACCCCUGCAGAAUUGGAGACACUUCACAAACGCAGAGCCCUGUGGAAGCCUGAGAUCGCCAGCACAUAUCGAAAGAAGGGCUUUGUGAACAGAAUAACCCAUACUGGCGACUUCACUGUGACUUUCCAUGAUAGCCAAGAAACAUUCACCAUGAAUUCUGCAGCUCUAAGAAAGGUUCAUCGACUUUGUCUUGGUCAGCUUGUCAGAGUAAAUGAUGAUAUGGAGAUGGUCAAGAGAUUACAGUCUGGGCAUGGUGGAUGGACUUCAGCUAUGAAAAAGGCUCUUGGUGCUGUUGGGAGAGUGAUAGAGAUGGAUGGUUCCGAUAUCCAUGUUAAGCUGAUGGACAACAAAAAGUUCGUUUUCAGUUCUGCUAACCUGACACCAGAACGGAUUCGUGUUCCUAAACCGAAAGACUGGAACCCCAACAUCGAAGAAAUGUUUCGCGAAUGUAACCGCAUCAUGAUGGAUCCAGCAAUGAAGUUGAUUACAGCUUUAGCUCUUGGUGAUAUCAAAGAAGCGGAGCGCAUACUGGCUCGACAUUCGGAAUGGAUUAAUCACGAGCCUAUGCCUGGCGCUUCACCAUUAGGAUUCUUUGCAGGCCAAGGAGAUGUAAACGCGGUGAAGUUCCUCAUUGAGAGAGGAGCAUUGAUAGAGUCCAGUGACUUGAAAGGACAUACCGCACUUUUCCAUGCUACAAUGGCGAACAAUUUCGAAACAGUAGAGUACCUCCUACAGCAAGGAGCUGAUGUACACGCUAUUGACUGGGAAGGGAUAACAUGUCUCUCCGUGGCGUGUGCUAAGGGGUUCUUUCAAUGUGCACACUUUCUAUUGAUGCAUGGUGCAGACGUCAACCAGAAGGGCGAGAAUAAUGUUACACCUGCACUCUUGACAAUUCAAAGUGGAUCAAGAACCAUCGUAGACCUCAUAAUGGAUAGGAAGGAUGCUGAUCUGAAAGCGGUCACAAGUGGUGGUGUAUCAGUCAUGCAUGGUGCAGCAGCUGAAGACAAUACUCAUGCUAUGAAUAAAAUCUUAAACAAGGUUCCAAGACUGGUAGACGCACGUGAUGACACGGACAAGACUCCUUUAUCCUCAGCUGCUAUCAAGGGUUGCCAAAAUGCUGCAGAACUGUUAAUAAAAAAGGGACACUGCAAUGUGAAUGUAAUUGAAGGAGAAUUUGGAAUCAAUCCUCUCGGAGUAGCCAUUGCCCAUGGGAAUCUCCAUUUAGUUGAGGUCUUGGUAAAACACGGUACAAACCUCACCCUUCCAAAUUUUCGUGGGAAUACUACCCUGCAGAUUGCUCUGAAUUUUAUCCGGAACACACAAUCAGGACAAGAUAUGAAAGAAGAACCGUAUAUGGCCGAGAUGAAGAAGAAAUGGGGGCACCUUGGAAUCAAGACAAACUCAGAUGCUCUUCUAGCCUUUCUUGUUUCUCAUGGUAGUGAUCUGAACGCAACCAACAGCGCUGGAAUCUCUAUGAAAAUCCAGCUUGACUUGGAACAAGAUCCAAUCCUGCAACCUCUACUUGAUAUACAAGCUCAAAGAGGGAAAGACAUUGCAAGACAGCAGACAGCAGCUAACCGCCCUCUUCGUAACCUGCCUAAGAAAAACAAAGACACCGGAAGUGAUGCCAACCCUGUGUCAUCUUUUUUGAAGGAGAGUGCUGCAGCUAGACCAGCCGUAAAGAAAUCCAGUUCUGGAACAAUGGGAGCCUCAGUGAAGUUGACAGGGGAUUCGGCGCGCCCUGGGACGGGAAGAGUCCCGGAAAAGAAGGUGGCAGCGGUUUCUAGCAGUCAGCAGAAUUCCACAGGCGAGUUACACCACCUAAAAAAUGAACUUCAACGUAAAGACAAAGAGCUUGAAAUCCUUAGGUCACGUGUUCAAACACUGGAACACCUGGUCAAGAAGAAGAUCUACUUCGCUUGUGGUCAUGACGUCAUUAAAAGCAUUGCUGAUUUGAUCCCGGAAUGCCCUAAUUGUAGCGAGCCGAUUUCCUCAGUCGUAGACCUGAAAUAAUGAGGACGAUAAUGAUGACGGGGUUGACAAUGUCGAAUGUGAUGGCGAUGAUGAUUAUGAUGAUUGUCUGGAGCUAUUAGCGUAGUGUGAACACUCUUAAUUGCAGGGAUUUGAAUUAAAUCCAAGUGGACUGUAUUUACAAUCGAAUUCUGGAUUUAGAUUUAAACCUGAAAAAAAUAAUGAAUCUUGAAAGCUAUGAAUUCAAAUUCUUUGAGAUUUAAAAAUCAAUCUUUAGGAUUAAAACUUUAAGACUAAAACUACAGUCCUCUUGAAUUUAUUUUAAAUCCAUGCAAAUUAUGGUGAAAUAAUUCGCGUUUAGAUGGUAUAGUGCUUCCUUUUGAAUAGACUCAGGGGGAAGGGGCGACCACCUUAAUUCCCCUCAUGCGAUGUUACAAGAACGAAAAAUAACAGGAAUGAAAGGUGGGAAGGCAGAAAGAAUAAUAUUAGAAUAGAGGUUUUGUUACUUUAUAAUCCUCAAAAUUGAAAAGAAAAACACUUUAAAAGCCAGGCAAAAGCUUUGGAAAAACGUCAAUGUGAAUUAUAAUUGAGUGUCAUCUAAUAUGCUUAUCUUAAAGAAGUGUAGUAUCCAAUUAAUCUCUUUUAAACUGCUAAUCAGAUCUUAAAUGUCUAGCGCCGUCCCACCGCGAUGGUUUUUUUUUCUUUUAAAAAAGGCUUUUGAAACAAUUUUAUCUUAUACAAAUUUAAUGAUUGCAUGGAUAUCAGAAAUCUACGAACAAAAAUACAUACAGUAUUCGAAAAUUGUCAGCUCACCUAAUUCUCUAAAAUAUUUUUAUAUCGAAAAGAAAAGAAACACGUGAAUAUAUUUUAUUUUAUCACGUUCUAGAUCAAAAUUGAAUUUUAAUUGAAAUAUGUUCAUGUAUAAUUUUGUGGAACAUUUUCAUUCCAUAUCCUCCACUUCAUAAUUGUUUUAGGGCAUAAAAUUCUUGCAAUUUAGUAAUUUCAUUGAAUAGUGGCGCGUUUAAGUAUUUCCCAAUGGUAAAGACACAAAAACUUGUUUCUUGAAAAUUUCCCUGUAUAAACUACUAAAAUUAUUCUCAUUUUUCUCGCUCACACUUUCAUGACAGAACAUUAAAAUCCAAAACAAAGUGUGCUGCUUUAAGUCUUAAAUAGACUUGUCACAACAGACAUCGAUCAAGAAACACAGUUUGUUAUCUUAACUGCCGUAACAAAAAGUGAAAGAAAAUAUUUUAUAACUUACUCUCUUUUGAUACCCUUUUCCCUUAGCUUUUUCGUGCUCCUUAUUGUUUACACUUUAGAUAUUAAUAUUAAUUCACAUUGCUCAGACCGCAUUUAUAUCGCUGGUUUCUCACCGUUUUCAUUCACUACAGCAUCCAGUAGCUCCAUUAUGUAAGUUCUGCUCGGAAUCUAGCUCUCAAAAUAACUACAAUGACUGCAAUCUGAUGUGAUCUACCCCCCCCCCCCCCCCGUCUCUUUUAAAUGCGUAUUACCGGUUCGAUGUACAAUUACAAUGAAAAAAAAAGGUCUGGUGACACGGCAUAACCUUGUAUAACUUCACUAAACACGCGAUACCAGUGCCCUGAGAACGUUUUCUUUAAACAGGGGAUACUGGUUUAAAUUUGACAAGCAAAAAGAAAACAGUUUUCACAAAAAAUUAUGGUCAUUUUGGUCAAGAGAAAAAAAAAAAAAAAAAAAAUUUCGUUACAAAAUGAAGUUUAUUUUAAAUCAAAUUACUGCAAUUUAGCAAACCCCUGCUUCCCAGGGCGAUGUACUAUGGCUCCGAUUUAUUCUUGGCAUAUGUAGUGUUUUAACAUGUUUAACCACACUUCCCCUUCCGUAUUGUGUUGCCACAGUACUGUUCUUUACACGAUACCAAUAUUUUAGUAUUGGAAAAUGUCAUAAAAACUUUGAAUAAUGUCCGAAAUAAUUUCAGAAUAUUACCACAGGGGCCGUUAUAAACGCCCCCCUCCCACUUUUUCACAAACGUGUUAAUACGUAAAUUACCAUCUGAUUGUGAUGUUUGCUUGGUCAGGCCUUCCCCUUUUAAAAGCGUUCCGCCGGAUGAUUAACUUCAAAAGAUUGUCUUUGAAUGUGGAAAAAAUAAAAUACAUAAAAUGUGCGAUCUUUAUUUUCUAAUGCCAAAUUCAUUAUGGUCAAUGCUUAAUUCAUAUCUAAAUGUCUAGUAUCAUAAAUCAUUAACAUAAUGGACCCCAAAUAAACAAAGUCUUAUAUUUUUCUGUACAUCGUGCUAAAGCCGUUCGGAUUGAUUUAUUAGAUUGUGUUUUUAAUAUAAAUUAUGACGAAUAGACCUCUGACAUGAAGUUUGAAGUUUGAUUUUGCUUUAUUUUGUUUUAAGAUUCCAUGCAGCAUUCGGCGCGGAUAUUUUCUUCAGCACAGAAGCCCCUUCAAGGCUUUGACAACGAUGGUGCUGAUUGUUUGAAUCGACCUACAUGGAUAUUCAUUUUUGUUCACACCUUAGUAGAUUAUUUAUUUUCGGAUAAGUUUACAGAUUAUUUGUUUUGUAUUAUUUUGUACUUCUUGUUUUGAACAAAAUAUUGGCGAAUGCCAGUGACGUUCUAAUAAAUUCAAUU